GCGCAGUGUUCGAAACAGAACCGAGAGAAUAAGAGAAGUCGGUGACAGUUGUUUAACUGGCCGGCUGACCUGAACACUUGCUUUUUUAAAUAAAAAUUGCUCUAUUUUUAGCCACUUUCGCUUCCCUGUUGGACUAAAGAUGUUUUCUGCUAGAGGAGCUUUGCGACUUGCACAAAGGCUUAUAAGUGUUACUGUUCCUCGACGUGGAUGCGCUGCAGCUAUUCCUGUAGAUGACGUCGUGAACGGGCUCACAGAGGAGCAGAUCCAGCUCAGACAUACAGUUCAGAGGUUCUGUCAGGAGAAGCUCUCUCCUUAUGCUGAUGAAAUUGACAAGGCAAAUGACUUCCCACGCUUGAAGGAGUUUUGGAAGGAGGCGGGUGAACUUGGACUGCUUGGGAUCACAGCUCCAGUGGAGUAUGGUGGCACGGAAUUGGGCUAUCUGGAGCAUGUGAUCGUAAUGGAGGAGAUUUCUCGAACUUCGGCAGCUAUUGGACUCAGCUAUGGUGCACAUUCUAACCUUUGUGUCAAUCAGCUGGUACGCCAUGGCAACCAGAAGCAGAAGGAGAAAUACAUGCCGAAGUUGAUUACAGGAGAACAUGUAGGUGCUUUGGCCAUGAGUGAGCCCAACUCUGGCUCUGAUGUGGUAUCAAUGAGACUGACCGCAAGGAAAGAGGGUGACCACUAUGUGCUGAAUGGUAAUAAGUUCUGGAUUACGAACGGACCAGAUGCGGACGUACUCAUUGUCUAUGCGAAGACAGAUCCAGAGGCAGCUGCCCGCGGCAUCUCUGCUUUCAUUAUAGAAAAGGGAAUGCCUGGUUUCAGCACUGCACAGAAGCUGGAUAAGCUGGGAAUGAGAGGCUCAAACACCUGUGAGCUAAUCUUUGAGGACUGCAAGGUUCCAGUGGAGAACGUGUUGGGCCCGUUGAACAAAGGAGUGUACGUACUGAUGAGUGGACUAGACCUGGAGAGACUCGUGCUAUCAGCAGGACCUUUAGGCAUCAUGCAAGCUGUGCUUGACCACGCUAUUCCCUAUCUGCACGUUCGAGAAGCAUUUGGUCAAAAGAUCGGUCACUUCCAACUGAUGCAAGGAAAAAUGGCUGACAUGUACACCAGACUAAGUUCGUGUCGUCAGUACGUAUACAACGUUGCCCGGGCUUGUGACAAAGGGCACUUCAGUGCCAUGGACUGUGCUGGGGUAAUCCUUUAUUGUGCUGAGAACGCGACUCAAGUUGCCUUGGAUGGAAUUCAGUGCCUGGGUGGAAACGGUUACAUUAAUGACUACCCAAUGGGCCGUUUCCUCAGGGACGCUAAGCUCUAUGAGAUCGGCGCAGGCACCAGCGAGAUCCGAAGGAUGGUCAUUGGCAGGUCUUUCAACGCCAUGUUCAAAUAGGACCAGAACCAAACAGGAAGCAGUUUGUCAAUGCCUUAUGCAGAGUCAUACUAUUGUAAAAAGCUGCAAAUGCCAUGCAGAGAUCUAACAAAGGGGUGAACUUCCAUAGAAGUUAAAGGAAUAUUGCAGCAUUUUUCAACCUAAGCUGUAUCUACUGUAUCUGUAUGGUGCUUCCAGUUAGCAUAGACAGUAAUGUAGAUGUGAUUAUAUGGAAACAAUUGACUGGAUGAUGUGAUUUGUUUGAAAUAUGUGACUGUUAAACAUGAACAGCCAGUACAGUCUUAUGACAUUUUAUCUUUAUCUUCUUAUGACAUUUAUCUUCCGAACACGGGAGCAACACUGUACAAACGUAGCCCCGGUUACAUUUGCUCCCCCUGAGGUUUUCUUAUAUCCAUACACAAUCAGGCAGUUUCCUGUGAAAACUUCAUUACUUCCAUUACAUUGAUAAAGAAUUACCACAGACCCCCUCUUCUGGAAAGUUAGUCCCACCUCUGAAAAAACAAACUGUGCAUAUUUACAGGGUCAUUUACAGAUUCCUUCAACCUAAGAAUGAAUUAGUGAUUGAAUUUAGCGGCUGCCCAGUGGCUUCUGUUAUAAGUGUGUUUUAAGUCAGUGGGUUUUUUCAAAGUACAAAAAAGCGUAAUGUAAAUUAUUGUCUGCUAAAACUGUCCACAGGCUACAGAUGUAUCAGAUAAAGAUUAAGCUAGAAAACACUGGACAAUUCCUUUAAUUUCACUAAAUUGAAGUCUAUGAAAAGAUACCUUAUUGUAAGGCAGACACUUAGUUAGCAGUCUUGCAGUCUAUUGUAUAUCCACAUCAUAUGGGAAGCAAGACUGAAUGACUUGCAGAGCUGGUAAACUGUGAAAACAGACUGAUCACACUCAACGCUAAAAUGUUUAUCCACCAGCUUUUUUCCCCCUUUGUGUUUGUCUUGGGUGUUUCUAUAGUAUGCAGGAAAUUGUGCAUGUAGGGAAUAAAUAUUUAGUGGUGUCUUUCAUAUGAUGGUUAUUUGUAAACUAUUUUGUAUAAUAUCACACCUUUGAUGAAACUCUAGCAAAAUCCUCUUAGAUAUUUUGUUUGAAGCCACCUUGGUUACAUAUUGUUUGUGUAGAAUAAAAACAAAAGCUUGAUCCAA